AUGUCUGACCUGUGCCCUGUAUACGCCCCCUUCUUUGGUGUAAUGGGAUGCACCAGUGCUAUUGUUUUUACCUGCAUAGGUGCUAGUUAUGGUACUGCGAAAUCAGGAGUCGGCAUCUCUGCCAUGUCUGUCCUGCGACCCGACUUAAUGAUGAAGUGUGUAAUUCCUGUCAUCAUGGCUGGUAUUAUUGCUAUCUACGGCCUCGUUGUUUCGGUUCUCAUCUCGGGAGAUCUCCAAAUGCGCAUGACUUUGUUCCAAGGUUUCGUUCAGUUGGGAGCUGGUCUGUCUGUCGGACUUGCGGGUCUUGCUGCAGGAUUUGCUAUCGGUAUUGUUGGUGAUGCUGGCGUCCGAGGAACCGCUCAACAGCCACGCCUUUUUGUUGGCAUGAUCCUGAUUCUUAUCUUCGCUGAAGUGCUGGGACUUUACGGCCUCAUUGUUGCACUCAUCAUGAAUUCAUCCGCGUCGGACGCUGUUGGUCAGUGUGGUGCGUAG